GCGCGUCCGCAUCCCACGGAACCCAGCAGCCAGAGACACUGACGGGAGGUCCCUGCCCUCUCAAAGUUUCGCGCCAAGGAGACAGGCGGAGGGACGCGGCGGAAUCCGCCCCAGGGUCGGCGGGGCUCGUCCCCGUGCGGCACUGCCCGCGCGAGGGUCUGAACCAGGACACCUGGUGGCCCCCCGCCCCGGCCGCGGGCUCCUCCCCGGAGACGUCAACAAAUAACGCUCGCCCGCGCCGACUGACUACCGAGCAGCCGCCAAGAGCGCUGUCCCAGGCAGAGGGUCCGUGGGGGACCCGCGACAGCACCGUCUCCACCAGUCUGCCGCCCGGGCACCAGAGAGGGCCGCCGUGACCCUGACCCCUGCGGGCCGCCGUAGGUCCCAGGGGCCCCUGAUGACCCUUGCGGGCCGCCGUAGGUGCGCGCUCCCAAAAUGGCUACUCGGCCCCGCGGCCCCCGGCGCUUUAGCUGACCGCCGGGCAGCAGGCCCUCCGCGCCACCGCGGGCCCCGGAGGCAGCGCGGCGUAGAGGCGGGUGCGGCGUCCGCGCCGUCGCUCGGGGCGGGGCGCCGAGCCCCUUCCGGGGAUGGGCCCCGGGGCCCGCGUCGGUGCGGCUCUGCCCAGGCUCCUCCCCGCUCGGGCGGGCGCUCCGCCGAGUCCCCGCCCGUCAGCCCGUCCGGCCCGGCCGGCCGCAGACGGGGCCUGGGCGGGCGCACGGGGAGCUCUCGGCCUCGGGGCGUCGGGAGGCGUCGGCGCUGCCGCUGGCCCGCGACGGCGGCACCAUGUUCUCGCUCAAGCCGCCCAGACCCACCUUCAGGUCUUACCUCCUGCCGCCGCCUCAGACUGACGAUCAGAUCAGUGCGGAACCGAAGAUUAAAAAACUGGAGCCAGUCCUCUUGCCAGGAGAAAUUGUUGUAAAUGAAGUCAAUUUUGUGAGAAAAUGCAUUGCAACAGACACAAGUCAGUAUGAUCUAUGGGGAAAGCUGAUAUGCAGUAACUUCAAAAUCUCCUUCAUUACAGAUGACCCAAUGCCCUUGCAGAAAUUCCAUUAUAGAAACCUCCUUCUUGGAGAACAUGAUGUCCCUUUAACAUGCAUUGAACAAAUUGUCACAGUAAAUGACCACAAGAGGAAGCAGAAAGUCCUAGGCCCUAACCAGAAACUGAAAUUUAACCCAACAGAGUUAAUUAUUUAUUGCAAAGAUUUCAGAAUUGUCAGAUUUCGCUUUGAUGAAUCAGGUCCUGAAAGUGCCAAAAAGGUAUGCCUUGCAAUAGCUCAUUAUUCCCAGCCAACAGACCUCCAGCUACUCUUUGCAUUUGAAUAUGUUGGGAAAAAAUACCACAAUUCAGCCAGCAACAUGAAUGGAGUACCCUGUGAAAGCGGAGGAGGUGGAGUUAGUGGACCAGGUGCUGGCAGUAGCCAAAAAACUCCGCUGUUUGAAACGUACUCAGAUUGGGACAGAGAAGUCAAGAGGACUGGUGCUUCCGGGUGGAGAGUGUGUUCUGUUAAUGAGGGUUACAUGGUAUCUACUUGCCUUCCAGAAUACUUUGUAGUGCCAAGUUCUUUAGCAGACCAAGAUCUAAAGAUCUUUUCCCAUUCUUUUGUUGGAAGAAGGAUACCGCUCUGGUGUUGGAGCCACUCAAACGGCAGUGCCCUUGUGCGAAUGGCCCUCAUCAAGGAUGUGCUGCAGCAGAGGAAGAUUGACCAGAGGAUUUGUAAUGCAAUAACUAAAAGUCAUCCACAGAGAAGUGACGUUUACAAAUCAGAUUUGGAUAAGACCUUGCCUAACAUUCAAGAAAUACAGGCAGCAUUUGUUAAACUAAAGCAACUGUGUGUUAAUGAGCCUUUUGAAGAAACUGAAGAAAAAUGGUUAUCUUCACUGGAAAGUACCCGGUGGUUAGAAUAUGUCAGGGCAUUCCUUAAACAUUCAGCAGAACUUGUGUACAUGCUAGAAAGCAAACAUCUCUCUGUAGUCCUACAAGAGGAAGAGGGAAGAGACUUGAGCUGUUCUGUGGCUUCUCUUGUUCAAGUGAUGCUGGAUCCUUAUUUUAGGACAAUUACUGGAUUUCAGAGUCUGAUUCAGAAGGAGUGGGUCAUGUCGGGAUAUCAGUUCCUAGACAGAUGCAACCAUUUAAAGAGAUCGGAGAAGGAGUCCCCCUUAUUUCUGCUGUUCUUGGACGCCACGUGGCAGCUGUUAGAACAGUACCCAGCAGCCUUCGAGUUCUCGGAGACCUACCUGGCAGUGCUGUAUGACAGCACUCGGAUCUCACUCUUCGGCACCUUCCUGUUCAACUCGCCCCACCAGCGGGUGAAGCAGAGCACAGAAUUUGCUAUAAGCAAAAAUAUCCAGUUGGGUGAUGAAAAGGGCCUGAAAUUCCCCUCGGUGUGGGACUGGUCCCUCCAGUUCACAGCGAGGGAGCGCGCCCUCUUCCACAACCCCGUCUACAUCGGCAAGAGCACGCCUUGCCUACAGAGCAGUUCCAUGAAGUCUUUCAGACGGACAAAGAGCUACAGCUCCACGCUCAGAGCAGUGCCGUCCUCCUUCCGCAACGGAGUCCUCAGCGACCCGGAGCUGCUGCCCAGGAGGAACUCGCUCGUCCUGAAGCCGAAGCCGGACCCCCAGCAGCAGGCCGACGGCCGGGGCGGCGACGCGGAGCAGUAUUUCCGAGACUGGUUCUCCAGGCCGUGCGACCUGCACGGCGUGAUUCUGCCCCGCCUCUCGGCAGCGCACAUCAAACUCUGGAAGCUGUGCUACUUCCGCUGGGUCCCCGAGGCGCAGAUCAGCCUGGGCGGCUUCAUCACGGCCUUCCGCAAGCUCUCGCUGCUGGCCGACGAGGUGGACGCGCUGAGCAGGACCCUGCGGCAGCAGCGCGGCGGCGCCCUGGACGCCGGCUGUGCGGAGCCGGCCCAGAGCAGGAUGUACUUCCGCGCCGGCGGCCCGCAGGCGCACGCGGCGGGCACCCCCGAGUUCCUGUCGUCCUCCUUCCCCUUCUCUCCGGUCGGGAAUCUGUGCCGACGAAGCAUUUUAGGAACGCCAUUAAGCAAAUUUUUAAGUGGGGCCAAAAUUUGGUUAUCUACUGAGACACUGGCAAAUGAAGACUAAGACGUAGGGUUUUCUAGACGUUUUGAGGGAUGCUGUACAUUUUCUUCUCUAAAUUAAAAGUGCUAAGCUAGACAUUUAAAACUUGGAUCAUUGUUAUAUGUAAGAAUAAUAGUUGAAAUUUGCACUAAUAUUUAAAAACGAGGAAUCAUGUUCUUCACGGUUCUAGGUGGAACUUCAGGUCUCCUCUCUCUAAGUGGGCCUCAUCUUCAGGGAUGGGCAGGCACACAUUCCCCCUUCCUGUAACUCAUCAAACCAGGUGUUGUCUGCUGUAUCCCGCUAUUCCGAACCAACCCAGAGAAACAGACAUCAAAGUGAAUAGUUCCAUUGUUUUCAGAAACACCCGGUAAAAUCCCCAACAGGCAUUCGCAGGCGUUCAUGGAUUUUUCUGGUCACUUCUGUUAUCUGUACUUGAACUCACCUGAUGAGGGUUCGGUGUUCUCAGGCCAGAAUUUAUUAUUUCAGACCACGUUGGGACCUUAGAUCACUGUGUUUUCAAAUCAUGAGUUUGCUUUAAGCUACACAGAACUGUAAAGUGACAUGCACUGUUAACUGUAAAGAUACUAUAAUUAAACUUGGAAGUGCCUUUAAUAUUAAGAUACAAGUAACACUUUUUAAAACUGGGGAGUUAAAAUCCCACUGCAUAUUGCAAGUAGAUUUUUAAAAAGCUUCAUAUCAACAGCCCGGGGUCCCCAAAGCUGAUCCCAAGAGGCUACUCAGGCCCCCCCUCAGUGGUGCAACCCCAGCCGUGGCAGCUGGGAACCAUGUGAGCAACUGCUGCGCCGCCUGCACCCUCAGAACCGCGGGGCUCCUGCCGGUCUCUCCAGUGCAGUCAGCUGUCGUUGGCACGUGCAGAGGUCCCUCCCUUCUCAGAGUUCUUGCUUAGGAAGAAAGAGUAGGAGGAGGACAGGGAGCUUCUCUCGGAACACUGCCUCUUCAGAAAUAGCCACAGCAGCGGUCUUGAAGCUGAGGGGCAAAGGUGCCUCAGCCUGAGACCCCCUUGGUCGCACACCUGGCGACAGGAGCCUGGCCAGCACCGCAGGAGGCCAAGCCGGAGGUCUCUAGCCCAGGCCGUGCACUGCCCCACCCCCAUUCCCUGAUUAAAAGACCCACGUGUUUGUUGUCUAUGGUCUCCUUAAACUGCUAUCUUGAGAUUUGGAAGGUUUUUAUAGUCAAGUGUCUAGUUAGCUUAUUUCCUUUUGUAAAAACAAGUGUUCUCAAAAUAGUGUUUGCCUUUAUGUGUACCAAACAGAUGUAUAUAUUUAAGUUCUUUACCUUUUAAAAAUUGUUCGAUAAUGCGUCUAGAUUAACAGGACAGGAGUUCUUAUAAAACGUCUUAGGAAAUUCAACUUGGGGAUGAAUCCAGUGUUUCUGCCCACCUGUUGCCUCAGACAUAAGGGCUGCUUUCAGUGUGUAUAAAUGACAUCAUCACCACCAAACAUUUCAUGAUCCUUGAUUGGAAAACGGCCUGAUCCCUUUAAAACACCACAGCCUUCCAUGCCGUGUAAAGUGUAAUAAUCAUCCUCCCUUUUCAGUAAGCUGCUUUAUUAUUUCUCAUUGUUCUCAAUUCAUUUUUUGGGUUAAGCAUCUAUUUCUCUAAUCGCUUCCCUCACACAUUUAUUUCAACUCAUUUAGUAAUUUUUUAAAAUUUGUAAGUUUAAAAAACUAGGUACUAAUACUGUUUUAAAAUAGAAAAUAUGCAUAUUUUUGUAUGAUAAAUGUUGUAAAAUGUUUUAUUUUUGCUGGAGAGUUGUUGUAUCAUGAUUAUUGUGCCACAGGUUAUUGUGCAUAAUAUGAAAAACAACUGUGACAGCCUUACAUCCGGGCCACAGUAAAGCUGCUCGGCCCCUCUACCUACAGGAAGGACUCUGUGGAGGAGGGGUGCACGUGGCUCUGUACAGGGCUCCACGGGCCGCGGCUCACGGGCAUGGCCAUAGCCCCGAGUGGAGCCUGGGCUGCUGAGCGCCACACACACGCCAGCCAGCGCCGGACUCGGCAGUGUCGAGCUUAAAGAUGUACAGUGUCUUACUGAUAUUUUAUGAUGGAGUUUUAAAACCAAAAAUGCUUGACUCUAUUUAAGGAAAGGAUAUUAGUUUUUACUAACAGAGGGUGCAAACUGUCCAACACCUGCAACAAAGUCUGCUUGCUGUGGCAGUAACCUCAUGGAAUUAAAACUUGACCUUGAAAGCUAAAACCUUUGUGCCUAAAACUGAUGACUUGAGCUAAGUAGGAUGAGCAGGGAGAUGACAGGUCUGUUUAACGGAUUGAAUGUGAACAAAAUUGUGACUGCUAAUAAAACUUUGACACAAA